AUGAUAGAAGACGGGAGCCGCGACUCAAAGCGCGCUUACCGUAAAAACGAGAUCAUAGAAGAGCCCAGUUGCUGCUUUGAACGCAUCGACGACACGAAAUUAUUCUGCUGUAGGUGCGCCCACAAGAGACGAGCGUCCCCUCUCACCUGCCUCGCGAUAUGUUUCCUAGUUCUGACGUACAACCUCCUCGGUGGAUUCCUCUUUCUAGCGCUAGAAGGAAACACUGGUAUAGAAGAAACAGCCGUGGCAGAGUCAAAGCCGAAUUUAAGCUCGCAGGAAAGCGGCGACCUUCGCUCCAAAACGGUGGAGAAGCUCUGGUCGAUAACGGAGGACUUAAACAUUCUGUACAAGGAGAACUGGACGAAGUUAGCCGCAAAAGAACUGAUGGAUUUUCAGCGAAUACUAAUAAAGUCCAUUCGUGGGGUGGAGGUAGGGGGUCAAACGCAUUUCGAAGAUACGGAAUAUCGAUGGACGUUCGCCGGAAGUUUUCUCUACGCGUUGACUCUUAUUACUACUAUUGGUCACGGAAACGUCGCCCCAAAAUCUUCAACAGGAAAGAUAGUUGCCAUCGUAUACGCAUGUGUGGGUAUACCGCUCAUCAUGCUCUACCUCUCCACAAUCGGUGAGGCUUUGGCAAGGAACUUUCGAGCUCUAUACUCCAGAAUAUGUCCAACACGUCUAAAAAGCGGUGACUUUCAUUCCAAAGCAGAAUGUCUCAGGUAUACCAUACCAGUGACUGAGUGCGACAGAAACGAGAAAUUCGAUCGUCAGAAAAGGACCCCAUUCCAAGCAGCGUUAAACCUGGACAAUUUCAACAGCUACCAUUGGACGUGCCGGGACCAUACACGAGUGCCAAUUAUUCUUAGUUUAUUUCUAAUCGUCUUGUACAUAGCAUUAGGUACUUUUAUAUUCCAUUCAACGGAGAAGUGGAAUUUGAUAGACGGGUGUUACUUCUCCCUGUCCAGCCUAGCUACUAUUGGGUUCGGACAUCUAAAACCUGGACUCUACGCGAGCACAGUGUCCGCGAAAGCGGAGGACAUUGCUGUGGGCGUGUGUUGUAUUUAUAUUCUCGUCGGUAUAGUGGUGGUAGCGAUGUGUUUUAAUUUAAUACAAGAAGACAUGGGCGUCGCUGUACGGGGUUUUACAGCUUUGACCAUGGGCGGCGCGAAAUCCCGAGUUGUUCACAGCGAAACGUGCGACGAAAAGAUGUCCAGGGCAGUAGUAUCCUGA